GGCCUAUCUAACGUUUUCACAGUUUAUAAGCAAUGUUAUUAAAAUUUUAGCCAGAAUUUGGUGUACAGUAGACAGUUUAAACAUACGGACACAUUUACUUAAGCAAGACUUUUCUAAUGAUAAUGGGCUGGUCGUGAUAAAUAAAAUGAUAAACUUUGCGUUUCUUGGAAGUUAUUUGGCGGCCAUGUUGUUUUUGAGAAGUCAAGUAAUGACAGACCAACAACAAAACUUUACCGAAAGCAAGAGGUCGUGUCCGAAUCAACCAAUGGGAAUCCACCUCGUCCCACGUGAUCAUGACGUCGACGUAUUUUAUUUGGACGCCACCAAUGGCGACGAUGCCUUUUCAGGAAAGUGGGAAAUUUCCGAUAACGGGACCGGACCUUUUAAGACACUAAGUGGCGCAAUGUUAGGGAUCCAACGUGCAAGGAGACUUACCAAACGAGCAAGGCUCUUUGUUAAACAAGGAGUUUAUCACGUCAAUAAGCGCAUCAAUUUAAAAGAAAAGGAUUCCAAUCUGGAAAUCAUUGGUGUUCGUAACAGUAAAGGAAACAGGCCGUUAAUAUCUGGAGCUGUGAAAAUAAGCGGCAGAGACUUUUUUCCUUUCUCACAGACAAACCGUCACACAAUAUACGCCGCACAUUUUAACGGGACAUGUUCUUCGCAUGUAUUUAUAGGAAGCAAACGUCUCGUAAGAGCAAGAAAGCCAAACCUGGAUAGAUGGACGGGUGCUGAUCUCACAGGGUGGGGUCCUUAUCUUUAUAUGAGGGAUUUAUUGAAACCAACAAAGAAAUGUAAUAUAAGAGGAAGUGGAGGUUAUACACAGCGUCAUUGUCCAAGCGAAAACCGUUGGGGAUUCAAAUUUAGCGAAGGCGACAUCAACCCGAACUGGUACCGACUCACCGAAGCUGAGAUCCUCGUGUUCAAUGCAUGGACGGCGGAAAGGCGAGUAAUUAGUCACGUCGACAUGGAAGAGAACUCAGUACAUUUUCAAAAAAAGCUUCGGUUCCCAGUAGGAAAGCAUCCGAAUCCAUCGGGAUUUCGUUUCGUGGUGGAAAAUAUUUUUGAAGAACUUGAUACGGUUGGCGAAUUUUACUGCGACUCAGACAGUCAAAGAUUUUAUCUGAUUCCGCCAGACGGCGCACUAGAGCAAGAAGACGUGUACGUGGCGCAAUCACCGGUCUUUAUUCUUGGUCGCAAUGUUGAAAACCUGAGUUUCCAAGACCUCAGCUUCAAGCACUCACACGACAACCAUUUCUCGGGUUACAACGGAAGACCUGGUCUUAUACAACUUGAAAAUUGUGAUGGAAUCCAGUUUAAAAGAUGCGAAUUCGCCAACAUUGGUUAUACUGGUAUCUUUACCAAUAUGGUCAAAAAUAUGGGAGUUACUGAUUGUACGUUCUCAGAUGUUGGCAACAUAGCGCUCACUGUAGAAUAUAACAGCGAUCCAACUGACGAAUAUGCACCAAGAAAUAUAAUGGUGAAACAAAAUACGUUUGUGGGAUGUGGUGUUUAUAGCAUGUAUCAGCCAACUUGCAUCCACGUAAAAGGAGUUCAGAAUAUUGUUGUGUCAAAGAAUAACGUCGGCAUGUCGUCAUACGCCGGGAUUAGAGUCGGUUGGCAAAAAGUUUUUACUAAAGAUUACGUCACACCUGGUCAAUACGUAUUCUACGUCACAGAGAACAACGUACAUCACUAUGGUAACGGGAUUUUGAAUGAUUUUGGCGGGAUAUACCUUUCGUCUAAUAUGCAGGACUGUGGGAUAGCUCAGAACAUGUCGAUCUGUCAUAUCCAUGCACUCAUAUCGAACAACACAAUUCAUAAUUCCGAGUCUUAUUACUACGGGGCCAUCGGUGUUUAUACUGACACUGCUGCAUCUUCAGUAUCAGUUACUCGUAAUUGGAUUUACAAGCUGGCAGACUGCGCUGUUAACUUCCACUGUGGACAAAACAACAUCGCUGUGAACAAUAUGAUUUAUCACAUCAGUCCCAAACGUGUCUUCGGUGUUUGUAACCCGAGUGUGGGAGACGAUGGAAGAAUGCCUAGACAGACCAUGACAUUCCAACACAACGUUAUCUACAUUACAAACACAGCAGCUCGCCUUUAUGGUCGGGGUGACUUUUGGGUCAACUCCGUUCCAAAGGUGGAUUGGAACAACUACUAUUUCAAACCGUCAAGCUACCAGCAAUUUACAGCUUUCUUCAGUAAAACAAUGGCGCCGUCGGAAUGGGUGGAAAAUGCCGGAAAUGACGGAAAUUCCGUCGUAGCGGAUCCACUUUUUAAAGAUUUACUUAAGGACGAUUAUAGACUAACUGAAACUUCGCCAGGUUUUAAACAGAAUAUCGAAUCAGUUGAUUUAAGAUACGUGUUAUCUGAUAGUGGAGCAUGUUGAUGGAUUAUUAUUUUUUAUACUGUAUAUGAGUAAGUGUAAAGCGUAGCCAAGAUUUGUACGCUAAUAAAUAUUUACCAAAUGUGUGUUUGAUGCAAAACCUAAAAA